GGCGGACGCAGAAUUUGAGUACAAGUACAUGUCCUCUCGCCGUGGGUCGGGGAAUGGCAGGUUCGGCUCUGCAACAAUUUGGGCCAAUAUUUGUUCGGGAAAAUUCGCUAUUACAUCAGUGAAAAUAUGGAAUAAAAGUGUUUUGGCUACAUAACAUCUCAGCUACAAAUUUGAGUUGGUUUUGGUACAGUUUAUUCAACAUCUUUCAAAAAUAAUUCUAUUAAUCGUCAGACUAAGUCAUCUGCUAUCCUCGAUUGUUGUAUUUAUUGUGUAUUUGUAUUGUGUGUGAACACCAUCCCUGUGAAGUUUGUCUCCUCUACCCAUCAAAAUAUAUUUGUGAACUCAAUAUGCCCUCGAUCGUGCUUUCGAUACAAUGACGAACGAAAAUAUACUACCAAUCGAAAUCGACGCAUUCAACUCUCAAGUUACAAAGGGAUGAGUUGCGAUUGUGUGCGACCUUGAUUCGAGCAAAUUAUCAACUUUUUGACUGGAAUAUCUUGGAAUAAAUUCUUGGCAACGAAAUGACCGUGGUGUCAGAAGCAGACGCCAGCGAGUGGGGCACGGAGGAUGCGACCCUGGCUCCGGUGCUGGAGGCUGUUGAGCCGAACGUCCGCGUUCAGGAGGGCGACGAUGCCAUACUCAAGCUCACUGUCUCUUCUGGCAGUGAUCUGCCGCUCAACAUCCACUGGACGCGCGGAGGCGGCGAGUCCCUGGACGGCGACCGCUUUGUGGCGGACAGCGGAGGCGGCGGAGUGUUGCGCAUCAGAGGCGCCCGCCGCAGCGACAGCGGCCCCUACCGGGCGCGGGCGGUGGUUGGUGGAGGCGGCGACUGCCCCCAUGUGGACUACGAGUUGGACGUGUACCCGGCGGCGGGGGAUGUUCCCGCCUUCCUUCGCCGCCUCACCGAUCUCGCCGUCAAGGUCGGCACUAGGACCCGGCUGUUGGUCGAGAUACGCAGUGCCACACAAGUCAAGACUGCUUGGCUGCGCCAAGGCAAGGAGGUAGUGCCUGAUGAGCGCCUGCACUUCUUGAACGAGGGCUCAUUCUUCUGCUUGGAUGUGGCUCCUGUUACACUUGAGGACUCCGGAGAAUGGGCUGUCAUUGCUCAGAAUGUCGAAGGACGGGCCACAUGCUCCUGCUUUCUCAAUGUUCUGGUGCCGAAAGCUUAUAAAAAGCCGGUGUUCGUAGAGCAGCUGCGGGCCGUGCUGACGGCAGCGAGCGGCACAGUGUCGCUGGAGUGCAAGGUGAUCGGCGUGCCGACCCCGCAGCUCAAGUGGUUCAAGGACGGCGCAGAGAUCCGGGCGGGUGACGUAUUUGCCCUGUCGGCCGACCCCGCCGACCCCACCACCCUCGGCACCUACACCUGUGAGGCCACCAACUGCAUGGGCAAGGCCACCUCCAGCUCCAGGGUGCAUGUCGUGCCCGCCGCCGCUGACGGCAGUCACCCUCACCACAACAGUCUUAUUCCAUCUGGUCCUGUUCCGAAGUUUAAAGACAACCUGAAAGACCAGAAAGUAAAAAUUGGAGGAUCUCUUCUAUUGGAGAACAAAGUUGAAGUGCCACCAUGGCCAGAGAACAUAUCGUGGUUCAAUGCGCAGGGCCUGGUUGAGGAGGGAGGCAGAUACCACAUAAUGGCCGACGGCCUGGGCGGGUACAGUGUGUCGGUGAAUCCCGUGGAAGCCAUCGACCAGGGCCAAUGGAAGUGUGUGGCCACCAGCAAUCUCGGCCUCAAAAGUAUCACCGCUUGCAAUGUCGCUAUGACAUUUCCAAAGAACUAUCGAGCACCGAGAUUUCUGGAAGCAUUGCGAGCAGUUCUCACAGAAGAAGGUUUGGUGUCCUUCGAAUGCAAAGUGGUUGGAUUCCCCACACCACAGCUGCAGUGGUUCAAGGAUGGCCAAGAGCUCAAACCUGGAGACGUUUAUCAGCUCACUGGCUCCAACUCGCUGGGGUCCUACUGCUGCAUUGCUAGGAAUUGCAUGGGUGAAGCAAGGAGUACAGCUGAGUUAACUGUAGAAGACAUACAGAAUCAGUUGACAGAGGAAGAGAAAAUUCAAUUAGCAGCAAUUAAUCGACCUCCACAGUUCCAGGUUGGGUUGAAGAGUUGCCAGGCAGAAAUCAAUCAACCAUUCCGUUUCACAGUUCAAGUGACUGUGAACCCAGAGCCAGUUGUUACAUGGUUCAGAGAUGAUGAAGAGCUGCAGGGCUCUGAGAACUACUCUUUCCUGAAAGAGGCACACGGCUUCUGUCACCUCAGCAUACAACGACUAGAACUUAUUGAUCAGGCUGAAUGGAAGUGUGUAGCUACUAACGACUACGGCCAAAGUGUGACCUCUUGUUUUCUCAAACUGAAUAUUCCUCGCCAUUUCAAAAAGCCUCGUUUCCUCGAAUGUCUGCGAGCUGUGCUUUCAGAAGAAGGAGCUGUCAAUUUAGAAUGCAAGGUUAUUGGAGUACCGCAACCGGUCUUGAAAUGGUACAAAGAUGGCAAAGAACUUUGUCCUGGUGACAUCCACAAGAUCAUCUCAGGCGAAGAUGGCACCUGCUGCUUGGGUGUUUACACCUGCGAAGCCCACAACUGCAUGGGCACUGUCUCUAGUUCAGCUUCUUUGCUUGGAUUUGAACAAAAGCCUCAGGAGAAAGCCAGUGAGCAAGCGGCCUCAGCUUUGGCUCUGACUAGACAGCCUUCUCUAUCAACGAUACAGGAAGAGCGCUCAUCGCAGAUGCAUUCGAUAACAAUCGACGAUAGACAAGAAGUGUCCUUCUCUUUCGAUGGCAAAGAAGUGUCUGUCUCACUCUAUGAGACUCCCGACCUCACUGAAGAGGAAGCACUUCAAGUGGUCGAAAUGUAUGCUGAAGAGUUAUCAGAACAUGUGUCUGAGCACAAUGUGGUGGAACUUCCUCCAAUGAGAUUUGUUAAGGAAACGUCCACCUCUGGCCACAUUCUGAUGGAAGCUGUUGUGAUCGAUGUCAGUCCCGACUUCUACGCCUCAGCUGAGGACGAUCUCAGAACAGACGCUGACCUUGAAGAAUUCUCCAUCUCCGAGGAAGCUUAUCUUCAGAACGCCAACUUAUCCAUGCAAGAUGAUCUGCCAUUCGACAAGAUCAACUCCGAUUUUCUCGAGCGAGCUCUCUCAGGCUCUCUGUCCUAUGACGAUGUGGAAAGAAGAAUAUCUCCAGCUAAACCGAAGAGGAAGUCGAGAGAUUCAAGCAGCGCCAGUGAGAGCAAGAAGAAACAUCUCGACGAUGACAGCAGCGGUCCGUAUUCUGAUGCUCUGGCUUCUGAAAAAGAGUCAAAAUCGCAAAAAGAUAGUUUUGUUAGCGCUAUUGAGAGUCCUGAUAGAGAUAUGAAUGUUGUAAAAGUGUUUGAAACAGAGACUGCUAAGAGCAGCUCAGUUAAUGUAGAGAAAACUGUGGAAACAAUAAAAAGAACAUUGGAUGAACCAGUAUCUAUGCAAGAGAAGAAAAAGAAACGAUCAAAAAGUAGAUCAGUUUCCAAAGAGAGGAAUGUUGAAGAGAAGGUGGCUACAGCUACAAUUCCAAGACGCUCUCUAUCUAAAGAUAAGGAGUCGCCAAAAGAGAAAAGCUCAGAUGAGAGCAGCAAGAAUGAUUCCAAUAGGGUGAAGAAGAUACAAAAACAUUCAAGAAGAAAAUCGAAAACUGUCGAUUCUGAGGCUGAAGAUGAUUCUUUACAAGAGUUUGAAAGGAGGAAAGUUCUUGAAAGCAGUAUGAAAAUUGAAGUGGAAAGUGAUCAAAUGACUUCACCUGAAACUCAGAAGAGAGAUAAAGUGAAAUCAACUGAUUCAGAGAGGGAGGAUGAUUCACUGAUAGAGUUUGAAACAAGGAAAUCUAUCAGUUUGAAAGAGCAACUGGCUGAAAAACGCAAGAAUAAAGAACAUUCUUUGAAGAGAGGGGCUAAAAAGAGAGGAUCAACCGACUCAUCUGGCAAAGAAGAUGAUUCAUUGGUUGAGUAUGAGAGGAGGAAAAAUCUUUCAGUCGCAGCUGAUGAUAAGAGUGCGGGAUCAAGUAGUAAAUUGACUAGAGCGAAAAAAGGAAGUUUGACCAAGAAAGGCUCAUCGGAGUCUUCUGGGAAGGAGGAUGAAGCACAAAAAGGAGAUACGGAGAAGAAGAGGAAGAAGAAGAGUACUAAACAAACAACUACAACAGUUCAAACCAAGGAAUUAACUCCGGAAACUGGAGUUGAAGUUAUACAGUCUUCUGAAACUGAUUCUGUUGGUAAAGCAAUUGAAAUGAGGAGAGGGCGUGAAGCACCUUCCGAUGUUGACAGUAUCAAAACAUCGCGAGAUGGCGAUGAUGAGACGGCUGAGUUUGACACAGCAGAGGAUAGUGCCUAUGAUAGAAGUGAGAUGUCUGUUCUUGAGUCUCUCACUCAAUCACUACAAGAAAUGCAGAGAGGUUUAGCAGUUGUAGGCGAACAAAUAAAAUCUUCAUCCAGUGAAGAGCCAGAGUCAGCCAAAUCUAGUCUGUCUGUAUUGGAAUCAUUGGCACAACCUAUAAAUGAUAUCAAGAAGGGUAUACGAACAGUUGAAAAACAGAUAAUGAAUGAUUCUCAAACUGGAGAUUACUCUCCCAGUAAAGCGAAUAUUACUAUUUUGGAAACAAUCGCUCAACCUGUACAAGAGCUGCAAAGAACAUUAGCUCUUGUGGAGCAAAAAUCUAGUUUAGAAGGCGAUGAAGAUACGUCAAUUCUGGAGAGAACAAGUCAAUCGAUACUGGAAACAGUCGCCCAACCUUUGCAAGAGUUCAACAGAGAGAUGGCGCUCAUUCAACAACAAGCUGUCUUGGAUGUUACAGACGACUCAUUUGAAACGAUCCAGUCUUUCAAACCUCAGCUGAUUGAGGUUCAAGGUGGAGUGCUGCAGUCGGAAAAAGAUCUCAGCAGUCGUGUGGAAGAGCUGUCUGAGAUAACCAUGGACACACAAUCGACUUAUGCACAAUCGGUUCAGGAGUUACAAAAAGGCCUAGCACAAAUAGUUGAACGACAUGUCUAUGAUUCAGAUAAAAAAUCAAACGAUGAUCUAUUGCCGCUCACGGUGAAAGACAUACAGGACGAUCUCCUCGAAAAUGAAAACUUUAUCAGAGAGUUGAAAGAGUUUGAGAUUAGAAUCAUGAAAGAUAGUGAGGUGUACUUUGAUAGGAUGGAUAGCUGUAUGCAAAAUAUAAAUAGUAAGAUUGCAAAGGCUGAAGAUGAAGAAAUGAGGGAUCUUCUGAACUCUGUCCGCCAAAUGAUUGCACCGUUGAAUAGUCUUCAAAGUAUUACAAGUAAAUGUAUUGAAAAUGUUGCUGAAAAUCCUUCUUGUCUACAAUGGGAUGUUAGAUUAUCCAAGGAUAAUAUUAUGCAUUCUUUGACCCGCCCUUUUGAAGUUCUAGAUGGAACAAUUGAUAUUCUAGGCAAGGUUGCUGACUGUGAUUCAGACAAAGAAACACGCCGAAUUUGUACUGCAUCAUUAUACAAACUGACUGUUCCAAUGGACGAGUUGAAAACAACUGUUAAGCUAGUGGAAAAUCUGUCUCCUCAGACUGCUAUUGAGUUCCUAUUACCACCUGUAGAUAAUAUGCUCAGUGCUAUUAGCGGUGUCAAUUUAGAACUUAUUCGACCAGAAUUUGUUGAUAAUGUUGUGGUUGAUGGAGGAAAUGUAUUGAAGGGAUUAGAUGAUUCAUUAGAUAUUAUGAUAAACUGCAUCAAUUCAAUUGAGAAGUACUCUUCAGAAAUGCAGAGUUCACACAAAGAGGAGAAUAUCACCUCAUUGUCCACAUUGACAAAGCCUCUUGAAGAUCUACAAAACAAUCUACAUUCAUUGGAGAAGUUCAUAGUCGAUGAAAGCCAACUUGACAACUUGAAUGACAGUUCUCAGCUCUAUCACUUGGUUCAAGAAUUGGGAAAACCUCUUCAAAAUAUUAGAAUUGAGCUCUCCAUAAUCAAGCAUCAGAUUGAAUUGGAAGAGUAUAGCAGUUUCACUCUGCAACCAUCAGCUAUUAUUCGUGAUGGCAACACUCGCAUGUUCCAACUUCUUGAGCCUGUUGAGAAUAUGCAAAAAAAUGUUACAUGUUUCCAUGAAGCUGUACUCUCCAAGUCACCGGAUGAACCAUUACAUUUGAGAUAUGUUCUUUAUGCUCUUAGCACUCUUACCCAGCCAAUGAAUAUAUUGUGUAGCACUAUUAUGAAAACAGAAGAACAACUUCUCCAAGAGAUUCCGUCAGUCUCAGAUCCAAGCGUAGGAUUGAGAAUUGUAACACAAUCAGUGAGUGAGCUCAGGCAAUCAAUCGAAUCAAUCAAGCAUCAAUCACAUGAGAUCCUUCUGCAACCAGAAUUGCUCAUCAUUAGUGAUAUUCUAUCUACACUGUCCAGCCCUCUAUUGGAGGUUGAAGCAGGACUCGGCUCACUAAGUGAUCAGGUUUAUGAUGAAGAUAAAACUGCAUUGAAUAUUAAUCUUUUGAAAACUAUGGCAGAACCUUUCAAGGCUCUGCAAAAAGCACUUAUUGAAAUCAGUAAUGAACUAAGUAGUGAAAACAUAUCAGAAGCUGUUGUUUUUGAGCUUAAACAGCCUGUACAGGAAUUGCAGAGGAGUAUCCUUGUUAUCCAGGACCAGGUUUCUUUCGAAUAUGGAGACGAGCCUACAACAAUUGAGUCCAAUAUUGUAACCCUUCAAUCCUUGAUCCAACCAAUGAAAACUCUAAAAAGACAUUUCAUAAAUGUUCAAAAAGUUAUUGCCGAACAAAAUAAAAGUGUUGAUAUACAGUUAGCACAAAAAUUGAUAGAUAUUUCAAAAGUUAUGCACAAAUUACAAUUGAAAGUUUCAUCGAUGAUGGUUCAACAAAGCUAUUUUAGAGUUAGUAAACAUUCUGGCCGACUAGAACUCUUUCCAAUUCUUCAACACUUGGUGCAAUUCAUAUCGGAUUUUGAAAGAGCUCAGCAGAUAACUGUUCAGCACAUUGAGAGAAAACAUAAGCUUGAUGUGGUGAAAUUGAAAGAGAAGAUUUUGAAUAAUAUGCAGUACUUGAAAAUGGAUAUGCUUAAUCUCCAUAAGAAGCUUAAUUCUUUAAAAGAUCUGUCUCCAUCUGAUGGUAAUUCAACGGAAAUACUCACAAAAGCAAUUCAUGAAUUCACCAAUGCUCUGAUGGACGAAUGCGCAAUGCUGGCUGAGGAAACUCCUGAAGAGGGUUCGGCACUCGCUUGCUUGCAAGAUCAUUUCGAAUCAUUUGUCGAGCAUAUAAAUAUUCUACACAGUAAACUAUUGAGCAUUGAAGCUGUAUCUUCUGACAAGGAGGACAAAGAAAAAAUGAAACAAAGAAUAACAUUCCAAGAUCAAUCCCCCCAAAAAGUGAAAAUUCUUGACCUAUCUCUCAAUGCCCUGCAAGGCAAAUUAUUGUCUAUGAUGAAUGUCGUAGAGCACAAUCUCCAAAACGAGAGUGCAGGCUUGUCUGUUCAGAUAAUCGAAAAUAUGAUGAGCUGCACCAAUGCAAUGAAAGAGAAUAUCACCAGUUUGAAAAUGGAAACCAAGCUAACUGAUUUGAAAGAAGCGGAUGAAACGUGUAAUAGAGCUGUUGAAGAAUUGAGAGAUUGUAUGGCAUUGUUAACAAGUGAAAUGAACAAUGUUUCAGAUAUGUUUUCUGAAUCUAGUGUUCGAUCACUGAGUGCCACCGUUGAGAAUAUUACUGCCUGCCAAGUUGAUAUCAGUAAGAAAUUGGAGGAUAUUAUGCUGAGCGUGGAAGAGAGAGAUAAAGCACCACAGCUGGAUGAGUACACAGACCAAAUACCGAAGAAAGAUGAAAUAAUGGGGAGUAUCAAUAUAGUUAAUGAGAACAUCAAACAAAAACUAGUGAAAAUCAGUGAUGCUGACUCAAGUCAUAGGAAAAUUAUAUUGUCAGAACCAGUUCAAUGUCUUACUGCUCAACUCUCAGAUCUAUCUACAAAUAUAUUCUCAUCUGAUAUAAAGAGUGAAGCAUUGUCGGAAAGUCAAGUAAAAGAGAAUCUUAAAAUUAUGGCUGAUAUAAAUUCAUCUCUUUUGAAACUUGAGGAUGAUGUAAAAAAAGAAGAGUCCAUCACGACAGAAAUAAAAGAAAAAGUUAUAGCAUCAGUGAAAAAUCUUCAGAAGGCUGUGACCAGUAUCACAGAAGAUGUGAAGGAGAAUCAAACAAUUUCUGCUUUUGAUCAGAUCAUUGAACCUCUGAAUGACUUCAAUGAAACAAUAGUAGGACAUGAUGAUAAUAUCAAACCAAAACUAUCACCUCUCAGAGCUGUCAUGGGGGAAGAGUAUAAUGAAGCUGAAACUCUGAAAGAAACAUCAUUCAGAAUCCUGGAAGAAUUUGCGAGAGCCAGCUCUGAACUGGAGUUUGGAUUGAUGAAGGUUGAACACAAUCUAUUGAACAUAUCAGAGAUGAAAAAGGGAAAUAUUGUGACAGUCGUUGAGCCUUUGGUGCAACCAAUUCAACAGCUUUGUGAGAAAGUUGCCAUGGUCGAGGAGAUCCUGUUAGAUCCAACCGUCGAAGAACAUAUGUCUAGUUUAUCUAUGCUGAAAACAUUGGCCGAACCAAUAAGAGAUAUCCAGCGUAACAUUGUACAGAUUCAAGAGCAUUGUAUGGAGAGCACUGGCAAACGUGAGAGUGGAGAGAAGGUUCUCCAAGUAAUUGCUAAACCAAUCAGAGAGCUGCGCUCGGGAGUGGCCCUAAUUCAGGAACAAGCCAUGGUCAUGGAAGCGGAUGCACUCACAAUUUCGGAAAGUUUGAGCUCUUCAGAAACCCUGGCUAAACCUUUGGAGGAACUAAAACAAGUUCUCACUUCGAUCGUUAACCAACAAGCAAUGGUUUAUGAGCCUGGUACAGAAUCAAUGUCUGAGGCAAUUUCAGAGCUGAAGACGAUAGCUGAACCCGUGAGACAACUUCAAAAACAAUUGGCUGCAAUUGAAACACAACAGCUAUUGGAUGGAGGCACAGUUGGUAGCGGAUCAGUGAAAGAAGCAAUUGCCACCGUUGCGAAACCUGUUACAGAGCUCCGUUAUGCAAUUGCUACAAUUGAGAACCAAAUCGCACUUGAAUCAACUGAUUCUAUUGAAAGUGACAAAUAUGCACUUAUAAUAGCAUUGGAAAAAUCGUUGUAUGAAGUAUCGAAAGGUAUUGCUUGUAUAAAUGAGCAACAGGUAUUGGAAGAUGUCGUUAGUAACAGCACUCUAUCUGAUGUACCUACGAUGGCUAGUCCUGUUGAGUCACCUCUGCUUACUGGCACUGGCUUGGAAAUCCAUGAACUCACUGUACUAGAUGGUAGUUCAUUAUUAGUUGGUGAUGAAAAGCAGAAGGGAAAAAUAGUUGAAGAGGCAGCUGGUUUGUCAGCCACUUCAGUAGAGCAGAAAGUAAUGAAGUCUGAUAAACCGUCUUCAGAAGACAUUGUGGCAGAUCAAAAACAAUUGAAGACUGAUAAAUCCACUUCAGAGAGCAUUGUAAUUGUAGCUGGCAAAAAAGGUCAGAAAUCGGUUGAAUCUAAAUCAGAGAGCAUGGUAGAGGAUGAAAAGGAACAAAAAUCUGAUAAAUCUGCACCAGAGGAUGUCGAAGAAAACCUAUCAGAGAAGAAAGUGUUAAUUGGUGAAACCAAGACACCAACUGAAACACAACAAUUAGUGACUCUUGAAAGUGGAGAGCCAUUGCCUAAGCUUGAAUUGAGAAAGGAAACUGCUGUCAGCAAAACCGUCACUGUUGAACAAGGACUUGCUACAAAAACAGAGAAUCAAGUAUUUGAGAGUUGCACCAGCACUUCAAGAGAAGAAACCAUCAAUAAGGAGCAAGCUGCUGUGAAAGAAUCUUCAUUAAGAGAGUUAGCUACGGUUGAAGAACAGAAAAGUCUUUCACAAGUGGAAUCUUUCGAUGUUUCACAGCGUGAAGCAGAUAGUAAUGCAACAUUGACACAAAGCGGAAUUGAAGUGGUGGUGAAAGAGGAACAGAAAUCACUGCAACCACUGGAAACUUUGGAAUCAUUGAAGUCGACAACUCACGCUCAACAAGUUGUAUCGUGCUUGAAUGUAGCUGAAAAAACGAGCAACCAAUCAUUCAAGAAGAUGUCGCGCCGUUGUCGGAGAGAUUCACUGUCUAGCAGCGCAGUUGCUAUAGAGCGUGAUGCUUCAGUCAAAUCUGGAACAGCAGUCGUGAAAAUAACUGAAACUAAGGUGGAAACAUGCAAAGGGAAGGAAGCCAAGGUUGAAGACAAAGUUAAAGAAAAACAGAGUUCAGAAUCAAGUGUUAGUUCUGAUAAAUUGCAGGAAGUAAAAGAGACUUCUAAGAUGGAAUCUCAAUCAUCUUCAAAAGAUUUUGAAAUAUCUGAGAAUAGAAAACAUAUAACUGAAAGUGUGAAAGAGAAGACAAGUGAACCAACAAUUGAGGAGACUGAUUCAGUUAUAGUUGAGAAAGAAUCAGAGAAGGAGAAAGAAGUAGAAAAUGCAAACCUUGGUCGGUUUGUUGAGGGUGAAUUGGAAUCAGCCAAAUCCAAACUAGAUGAGGUCAGAAAGAUUUUGAGUGCUGACAAAAAAGUAAAGAAAGAUGAAGAAAAUGUUGAGAGUGAAGAUAAGAAUGAGAAAAAAGAUGAGAUCAUAGUUGAUGAGAAACAGUCAAUCAAGUCAGAUGAAAAUAGUAAAAUUGAGACUGAGAAGACUGUUGAGGUGAAAGAGGAGAAAGUGAAGAAGGAGGCUGAGGUGCAAAGAAAGAAAGUAGAGGAUGGAUCAGAGAGAGAAGGAAAAGUUGUGAUGGAAACUGAUAGAAAACUUGACGAAGGUAAGAAGAGCCAUGAAGAGGAGAAGAAAACAGAAGAAGUUGGAGAUAGGACUGAGAAAAAAAUUGAAGAGAAAUCUAAAGAUGGGUCAAAGAAAACAGUGAUAAAAGAGGAAAUUAGUGAUGAAGCAGAAAAAGAGGAGGAAAAAGAGAGGAAAGCUGAGCAAGUAGACAGUGGGAUUGAAGCUGAAACAAAGGAAAAACCUGGAGAGGGAGAAGGAAAACAAGAAAAUAGUAUGGUCAAGUCAGAAAAGAAACCUCAAGUUGAGGAGAUCAAGGUGGAGAACAAAGACCAGACAAGAAAAUCUGAAAAUGAAGCAGCAAAAGCAGGAGAAGAAAAGCAGAAACAAAGAGUUGAAGCGCAAAAGAAGGAUGAGUCUGAAGCAAAAAACAAAGAGGCAGUAGAUCAGAAGAAAAAGAAAGAAAUUGAAAUAAGAGAGUCUGAAAAUGAAGAACUUUUGAAAGUUGGAAGAGACAGCUCGAUCAAGACAGUAGAAGAAAAAGUUGAUCUUGAAAGUGAGACAAAGAAGACAGCUGGAAAGGAAAAUGUGGAGGUUGUAGAUAUAACAAAGAGCAAGACGCAGGAAAAGAAGAUGGAGGAUGAGAAAAGUGAGGAGGAAGAAGCAAAAGCCAUGAAGGAAACUGGGGUUAAAAGGGGAAAAAUAGAAGAAGGCAAGAAGAAAGCAGAAGAUGAUAAAAAAGCUGAGACUGAAAAGAUGAAGCUGGAAACUGACAACACAACGGAAGAAAAAGACACAAAGAAAUCAGAGGCUGAUGCCAAGAAGAUAGAAGUGGAAAACAAAAUACUUGGAGAAGAAACAAAGAAGAAGACUGAUCAAGAAGUUGAAAAGAAAGGAGAAACCGAUUUCGAGACAAAGAAAAAGGAAGAGAAAAAGGAACUAGAAAAAGUAGUCGAAAAGACAGUUGAAGCUCACAAAGAACUGGAAAAGAAGAACAAAAAGAAAACAGCAGAAGAAAAAAAUGAACUAGAUGCUGAAGCCAAGCAAAAGGCAGAAGAAGAGAAGGAAAAACUGGAUGUGGAGACCAACAAGAAGGACGAAUUGGAGAGACCAAAGCUAAAAGCAGAGGACAAGAAGAAAACUGAAACUUCUGAGAAGAAACUUGAAGAAGAAACAAAGAAAGAUACUGGAGAAGAAAAGAAGAAACUGGAUGAAAAAUAUAAGAAAAUGGCAGAAGAAGAAAAGCCUAAACUUAAGCAUGAAUCUAAUAAGGAAUCUGAAGAAGAAAAUGAGAAACUGGAAAUGGAGACAAAGAAGAAAGCGGAAGAAGAGAAAAGGAAAGUGGAGGAAGAGAAAAAGAAAAAGACAGAAGAAGGAAAAAAUAAAUUAGAAUCUGACGCAAAGAAAAACUCAGAAGAAGGAAAGAAACUUGAAGAGUCUAAGAAAAAAUCUGAAGAAGAAAAGAAAAAACGAGAUGGUGAUGUCAAGAGAAAGGAAGAAGAAGAAGAAGAGAAGAAAAUUGAAGAGGAAGCAAAGAAGAUAUCUGAAGAAGAGAAGGAAAGAUUUGAAAAGAAAGUAAAGAAGGACUCUGAAGAAGAAAAGAAGAAAUUUGAGGACAAGGACAAGAAAAAUGCAGAAGAAGAGAAAAAGAUCCUAGAAACAGACAACAAGAAAAAAGCAGAAGAAGAAAAGAAGAAACUGGAGAAUGAAAAAAAGAAGAAAGAGGAAGAAGAGAAAAAGAAGCUAGAAGCUGAGGCUAAAAAGAAAGCUGAAGAAGAAAAGGAGAAACUGGAGGAGGAAAACAAGAAGAAAGUGGAAGAAGAUAAAAAGAAGAUAGAAGCUGUGGUCAAGAAGAAAGCAGAAGAAGAAAAGAAGAAACUGGAGGAGGAAAACAAGAAGAAAGCGGAAGAAGAGAAGAAUAAGCUAGAAGCUGAAGCUAAAAAGAAAGCUGAAGGAGAAAAGGAGAAACUGGAGGAGAAUAACAAGAAGAAAGCGGAAGAAGAGAAAAAGAAGCUAGAAGCUGAGGCCAAGAAGAAAGCAGAAGAAGAAAAGAAGAAACUGGAGGAUGAAAACAGGAAAAAAGCGGAAGAAGAGAAAAAUAAGCUAGAAGCUGAGGCCAAGAAGAAAGCAGUAGAAGAAAAGAAGAAACUGGGGGAUGAAAACAAGAAGAAAGCGGAAGAAGAGAAAAUGAAGCUAGAAGCAGAGGCUAAAAAGAAAGCAGAAGAAGAAAGGAAGAAACUGGAGGAAGAAAGCAAGAAGAAAGCGGAAGAAGAGAAAAAUAAGCUAGAAGCUGAGGCCAAGAAGAAAGCAGUAGAAGAAAAGAAGAAACUGGAGGAUAAAAACAAGAAGAAAGCGGAAGAAGAGAAAAUGAAGCUAGAAGCAGAGGCUAAAAAGAAAGCAGAAGAAGAAAGGAAGAAACUGGAGGAAGAAAACAAGAAGAAAGCGGAAGAAGAGAAAAAUAAGCUAGAAGCUGAGGCCAAGAAGAAAGCAGAAGAAGAAAGGAAGAAACUGGAGGAUAAAAACAAGAAGAAAGCGGAAGAAGAGAAAAUGAAGCUAGAAGCAGAGGCUAAAAAGAAAGCAGAAGAAGAAAGGAGGAAACUGGAGGAAGAAAACAAGAAGAAAUCGGAAGAAGAGAAAAAGAAGCUAGAAGCUGAGGCCAAGAAGAAAGCAGAAGAAGAAAAGAGGAAACUGGAGGAGGAAAACAAGAAGAAAGCGGAAGAAGAGAAAAUGAAGCUAGAAGCAGAGGCUAAAAACAAAGCAGAAGAAGAAAAGAAGAAGAAGAAAAGAAGAAACUGGAGGAGAAAACAAGAAGAAAUCGGAAGAAGAGAAAAAGAAGCUAGAAAAGCAGAGGCUAAAAAGAAAGCAGAAGAAGAAAGGAGGAAACUGGAGGAAGAAAACAAGAAGAAAUCGGAAGAAGAGAAAAAGAAGCUAGAAGCUGAGGCCAAGAAGAAAGCAGAAGAAGAAAAGAGGAAACUGGAGGAGGAAAACAAGAAGAAAGCGGAAGAAGAGAAAAUGAAGCUAGAAGCAGAGGCUAAAAACAAAGCAGAAGAAGAAAGGAAGAAACUGGAGGAAGAAAACAAGAAGAAAUCGGAAGAAGAGAAAAAGAAGCUAGAAGCUGAGGCCAAGAAGAAAGCAGAAGAAGAAAAGAAGAAACUGGAGGAGGAAAACAAGAAGAAAGCGGAAGAAGAGAAAAAGAAGCUAGAAGCAGAGGCUAAAAAGAAAGCAGAAGAAGAAAGGAAGAAACUGGAGGAAGAAAACAAGAAGAAAUCAGAAGAAGAGAAAAAGAAGCUAGAAGCUGAGGCCAAGAAGAAAGCAGAAGAAGAAAAGAAGAAACUGGAGGAGGAAAACAAGAAGAAAGCGGAAGUAGAGAAAAUGAAGCUAGAAGCAGAGGCUAAAAAGAAAGUAGAAGAAGAAAGGAAGAAACUGGAGGAAGAAAACAAGAAGAAAGCAGAAGAAGAGAAAAAGAAGCUAGAAGCUGAGGCUAAGAAGAAAGCAGAAGAAGAAAAGAAGAAACUGGAGGAGGAAAACAAGAAGAAAGCGGAAGUAGAGAAAAUGAAGCUAGAGGCAGAGGCUAAAAAGAAAGUAGAAGAAGAAAGGAAGAAACUGGAGGAAGAAAACAAGAAGAAAGCGGAAGAAGAGAAAAAGAAGCUAGAAGCUGAGGCCAAGAAGAAAGCAGAAGAAGAAAAGAAGAAACUGGAGGUGGAAAACAAGAAGAAAGCGGAAGAAGAGAAAAAGAAGCUAGAAGCUGAGGCCAAGAAGAAAGCUGAAAAAGAAAAGAAGAAUCUGGAGGAGGAAAACAAGAAGAAAGCGGAAGAAGAGAAAAAGAAGCUAGAAGCAGAGGCUAAAAAGAAAGAAGAAGAAGAAAGGAAGAAACUGGAGGAAGAAAACAAGAAGAAAGCAGAAGAAGAAAGGAAGAAACUGGAGGAAGAAAACAAGAAGAAAGCGGAAGAAGAGAAAAAGAAGCUAGAAGCUGAGGUUAAAAAGAAAGCAGAAGAAGAAAAGAAGAAACUAGAGGAAGGGAACAAGAAGAAAGAAGAAGAAGAGAAAAAGAAGCUUGAAGCUGAGGCUAAAAUGUUAGCAGAAGAAAAGAAGAAACUGGAAGCAGAGGCUAAUAAGAAAGCCGAUGAAGAACAGAAGAAACUGGAGGAAGAAAACAAGAAAAAAGCGGAAGAAGAAAAGACGAAACUGGAGAAAGAAAAGAAGAAAAAAGCAGAAGAAGAAAAGAUGAAACUGAAGGAAGAAAACAAAAAGAAAGCAGAAGACGAGAAAAAGAAGCUAGAAGCAGAGGUUAAGAAAAAGGCAGAAGAAGAAAAAAUGAAACUAGAAGAAGAAAACAAAAAGAAAGCAGAGGAAGAGAAAAAGAUACUACAGGCUGAGACUAAAAAGAAAACAGAAGAAGAAAAGAAAAAAUUAGAAGUAGAGACCAAGAAGAAAGCAGAAGAAGGAAAGAAGAAACUAGAGGAAGGGAACAAGAAAGAAGCAGUAGAAGAAAAGUCAAAACUGAAGAAACAAAAGAAGAAUAGAGCAGAAGAAGAAAAUAAGAAACUGGAGGAAGAAAACAAGAAGAAACUAGAGGAAGAGAAAAAGAAGCUAGAGACUGAUGCUAAAUUGAAAGCUGAAAAUGAUAAAAAGAAUAAAGAGGCAAAGGCUAUAAAUUAUACCGAGAAAGAAAAGAAUAAUUUUGGAGAUGAGACCAUUGAUACAAACAAGGUUGAAAACAAAAAUGAAAAGAUAGAAACUUCAGUUGAAACUGAUCGGGGAUCACAGAAAAAACAAGAUAAUCUUAAACAGAAAUCCAGAGUGAAAGUUGAUAAAACUCAAGAGAGCAUCGAAUUGAAAAAUGAAAAAGAUGGCGAGAGGAAAAAAGGACCAAAAUCUGAGGAAAGUGAAGUGACCGAAGUAAUAGCAAAUACCAUGGAAAAACGAGGAAGUGAAAAUGAAUCAUUUAUUGAUGGAAUUAGUUAUGAGAAAUCUGAUAAAUAUUCCAAUGUGCAACUUUUCAUCGAAGAGGAAAUCAACAGAGAGACCAGCAAGUACGAUGGUGCAGCUGAUAGGAAGAUUCGAAGCAAAAGCCAGGAGAGUGCGUUCUGGAUUUCAACCACCAGUGAGCCGAAAUACAAGAGAGAUGACUCAUUUGCCAGUAAACCCUCUGAAGCUUCUCCGCGCCAGAGCUGGGCUAAACGAGAGACAAAAACGAAGCCAUACUUCUGCGGCCGCCUGAUGGAUCGCACAGCCGCCCAAGAGUCCAGGGUGAAGAUGAGCUGCAGUUUCAUCGGCAACCCUGAGCCAACUGUGGCUUGGCUCAAGGAUGGACUUCCACUACUCCAUGGAGCUUCUGAUCCACUCGCUGGAAGAUGCGAAACGAAAGUGAGCAACGGUGUGGCGACGAUUGAGAUUUACUCAGCUUCGCCAAGCGACUGUGGCCGCUACUCGUGUGUGGUGUCCAGUGACCUCGGCCAGGCCACCACCACGGCUACUCUCAGAAUAUUCGAGAAGUUUGAACCGACACCUUCCCCGCCAUCAUUCACCAGGCGAAUUCAGGAUAAAUACGACUUCAGAGCGGACGAGCUGACACUGGAAUGCAAAGUGCAAGGUCAACCUCGACCAACGAUCACGUGGCGGAAGGACGACAAGGCAUUGCCGGCGAGGGGUCGCUACCAGCAGUCAGACUCCAUCGACGGAACAUGUCGACUGGUGAUCAGUGGACCCGAGCCUCAGGACAGCGGCGUCUACACGUGUCACGCUGAGAAUGCUGUCUGGAACGAGCAGAUAUCCGAUGUCGUCACCUUCGAAGGCAGAGCUAGUUACGCAGAAUCGGCUAGAAAAGAGACUACGAAUAGGAUAGACUACCGGAAGCCUUUCAUUGCCAACCUACUAGGGGAUCACACUGUACCUGCUGGUGGCACUCUAGCAUUACAUGUUCAACUCAAAGAAAAGAGUGCAGGCUCGCAAGUGACGUGGUACCGAGGCACCGAGCCGCUGUCUCGCCUGAACACUCGAGCCAAGUACUUCAAGGAGGACGACACCUACAGCCUGGUGCUGCCCGAGGUGAAGCCGCAGGAGGCCGGCCUGUACAUGUGUCGAGUGUCGAACGCCUAUGGCCACUCUGACACUUGCGCCAAUGUGCAGAUUAUCACGUUCGGCAGUCACACGCAGGCGCGAGGAGGCAAACCGGCCAUGUUCACGCGGCGGCCCGAUACCACGCUGCACAUUGUCAGCGGCGAAGAUGUCUCCGUGUCCUUCCGGCUCAGCGGCGAUCCCAAGCCCAAAGUAACCUGGAUGAAGGGAUUGAAAGACAUGACCAGCAAUGCUCGUUCAAUGAAAGAGACAAUAGAUGACUGCACUCGGUUGACAUUGAAGAGAGCGACGAUUUACGACUCUGGCACCUACUUCAUUGUGGCGAAGAAUACUUACGGCUGCGACAGAGCAUUUUUCACUGUUCAGGUGCGUCAACGGUCUCGCUCUCUAACUCCAAUCUCCAAUUAUGGUGUUCUGGACACUCAGACCAUUCUGAGGGAUAUCCAUGAGAUGUCACAAGCUUCUCUACAGGAUGUUCCGGGAGCGAUUUCGAGUGAGCCGGAGAUCGCUGACAGUGGCCGGACCUGGAUGACCAUCACAUGGGGCAAGCCCACGCACAGGGGCGCCGCGCCCAUCCUCGCCUACAAGGUGGAGGCAUGGCAGGUCGGCGAACAUGGAGGGGCCAGGUGGUCAGAGUUGGGAGUGACACCAAUGAACUCAUUCGAUGCGUUCGAUUUGACGCCUGGUGCGGCGUACCGGUUCCGCGUGACGGCCCGCAACCGCUACGGCUGGGGAGAACCGGUCGUCACCCGCGAACCGCUCACCGUCGUCGUCUGCGACCAAAGGGCGCCCGAAAUCGUCACCGAUCUGCCAGGCUCGUUCAAGGCGCUCGUCGACACCAACCUCACAUUGCAGUGCGAGGUGCGAGGUGAUCCUCCACCCGACAUCCGCUGGUUCCACGACGGCAAGGAGGUGGCGAUGGCCCGCCGCGCCUGCGACCGGCUGCUGGUGAGUCGCCGAGACAGCGUGUGCAGUCUGCUCAUCAGGGACCUGCAGCCGCGCGACUCCGGUCGCUACGUGUGUGAGGCCGCCAGCAAACUGGGACGCGCUUCUACCUUCGCGCGACUCCUCGUUGUACACGACGCCAAACUGCUCAAGGCUGCUGAUCGGCUCAGAAGGGUUCAAGAGGACGACCUAACAACUCUAGAUUCACCUCCGCAAUUCUCUCUGAGGCUGAGAGAUCGUCGCAUUGAGGUGUCUUACCCAAUAAGACUCACUUGUCAGGUUGUUGGCUUCCCAGCUCCCAAUAUCACCUGGCUCAAGGAUGGAUCUGAAAUUAAAUCUGAUGAGCACUUCCGGUUCUGUUCGGAACAAGGUUUCGUGACACUUGAGAUAUCGCGGUCACGGAUGGAGGAUGCCGGCGAGUACACGGCCGAGGCACGCAACGAGCACGGAUCCGUGGCCUGCACGUGCCGGUUGGUGGUCGAUCGCGGCAUCAAGGACUACAUUGCACCCGCGUUCCUGGCUGACAUAGAGAGGCAGGCCACUGUCCGCGAGGGGGCAACACUCAGGCUCAGGGCUACCGUCGAGGCCUACCCUUCUGUCGAUAUCAUGUGGCACAGAGAUGGCACAAGACUCCGACAAUCACGUAGACUCACGUGCACUCUGGACAAGGAGGGCCACGUGGAGUUCACGCUGGCCGACGUGACGUCACGUGACGCAGGCACGUAUACGUGUACAGCCACCAACGAAGUCGGUCGCUGCGAGUGCGUGUGUCAAGUCACGGUCACACCACGGCUCACGUCUGUGCCCACCUCAUCAGCUGACGUCAACAACCAAAUCGCUGAAAAUGCAUUACCAUACUCGCAAGUUCCCAUGUUCACGAUGAAGCCACGUUCAACGGAUGCUGUGGAGGGAGACACAGUCAUCCUGAUGUGCGAAGUGGUCGGGGACCCGGAGCCUGAGAUAUUCUGUCUCAGAGACGGGCUGAAGCCGGACUACUACCACCACGGGCCCGGUUUCGUUUCGCACCGCGAGGGUCACCGCUACCGGCUGGAGAUCCCGCAGGCACGGCUCGACUACACGGGCGCAUAUGCCAUCAUCGCCCGCAACCAGCAUGGUGAGGCCCGUGCUGUAGUCUCGCUUCAGAUUUACGCCAGAGGUCAAGGAAAGGAGGGAACCAUGAGCUCAGGCGAAGUUAAGCAGGGGAAAGUGCAGACAUUGCCAGAAGUGAGGAAAGAGCUGAAGGAUAUGCGAUGCUGCGAUGGCGACAGUGUCACGCUCGAGUGUCAGGUCUACGCCACACCUCCUCCUGAUAUCCGCUGGCUCAAAGAUGGAAAGAUCCUUGCACUGGGUGGUGACGUAUCGUCGGAUGUGGACGGGGAGGUGGCUCGCCUGACCAUCAGCAAGGUCUACCCGGAGGAUGAGGGCGAGUACACGUGCAUGGCCUACAACGAGCUGGGCAGAGCACUCACCUCUGCAUGUCUCAUUGUUGAUGUUCCUGAAGAGAAGGAGACCAUGGUUACCAAACAGCUGUCGAAGCCUCCAGGGUUCCUCUCAACUCACUCCACUCCUCGCACCACUCCCACCAGGAGUAUAUCACCAGGAGUCCAAGCAGUGACAAGAGACUUUGCAACCCCUCUGAACCGUCCGCAGCGGAAGCGCACAAAGUUCUCGUCGCCCAAGUUCUACGCGGUGCCUCACAACAAGGUGGCGCAGGAGGGAGACACGGUCAAGCUGCAGUGCUCAGCUGCCGGACACCCCAACCCCUGGUCGUCCUGGGACAAGGAUGGACACAUCGUGACGCCGAGUGCCCGUCUCACCCUUUUGGAGCAGGAUGACAUGCGCAUUCUGCAGAUCAAGGAGGUGACGCCAGAGGACGCCGGUCUCUAUCGGGUCACGCUCGAGAACGACUAUGGCAGUGUCGAGGCUACUGCUCGGCUCGAAGUUAUUGCUCACAAAGGAACAAAGACAAAAGGCGUGAGAGCGUGGAGUGCAUCGCGCGCAUCGCCGACAUUCGGCAGACGCUUGGUGGGGUCCGCGGCCCGGGUGGGGGGCAACUUCACUCUGGCCUGCGAUGUGCAAGCCUCUCCUUCUCCCAACAUCACGUGGUAUAGAAACACAGAAGUAGUUGUGAAAUCGGACAGGAUACAUCCGCUGUGGGACGGUCGGUGUGCCCGCCUCAAGCUGACGAGCUUGGAGCGGGAGGACGCCGGUGUGUACACGUGCGUCGCUGAGAACGAGCUUGGCACGACCCGGUGCUCGGCCGAGCUGCUCGUCUUGGCGGAGGAUGACCCGAGUGACGCCGACCUCAGGCCUCCCGUCUUCCUCACAGGUCUGCCUGCCACCACAAACAUACCUGAAGGCCAGCCCGCCGAGCUGCAGGUCAAACUGCAAGGUACACAACCUCUUGAAGUAGUCUGGUCAAAGGACAAAGUGGAACUUCCGGAUUGCAUGGAUUUCCGCUACGUCGAUUACGGAGAUGGCAGGUUUGGACUUCGCAUCGCGGACGCAUUUCCAGCCGAUGCCGGCCAUUACUCCUGCGAAGCCUUCAACAAGCAUGGCGACGCCAUCACUUAUGGACACUUGCAAGUCACUGAACAAUGCGAGUCAACUGAUAGUACAAAGAAACAACUUUACUUUAGCAAAACGCCGAUACCUCUGGAGGCCGAGCCGGGCCAAUCUGCCUGCUUCUGCGCGCGGGUGCACAGUGCUGCCAACACACAAGUGAACAUCGACUGGUCUGUUGCUGGCCAACCCACAUCUCAACAACCCCAAAGGUUCAAGGUGGAACGCGACGGCGACAGCACAGUGCUGCGAAUCGCUACAGUGCAGGCAGACGACAUGGGCCCCAUCAGCUGCCGGGCGCACAUCUGCCUGGCGGGCCACACGGCGCCCGUGGCGGCCUGCGCCAAGUGCUACGUGACGUCAUGCACGUCGCGCCUGUCUGCCGUGCCCACAGCCGAGGGCUGGCCGGCCCAGCUGCUGCAUGGCCCUGCCGACACCACAGCGCUGCGUGGCCAACGCGUCAUCCUGCAGGCCGCCUACUCCGGCUGUCCGCAGCCCACUGUGCGCUGGUUGAAAGCGGGAAGAGAGCUGUCGAAUGAUGCGUACAUGACCAUUAUCAACGAGGAUGGCCUGUCUUCGUUGAUUUUGGAUCCCGUGUCAGCUGACGACAGUGGCAAGUACGUGGUCAGUGUGGAGAACAGCCACGGCGCUGACUGUCACUUUGCAUCUGUUGCUGUUGAAGGGCCCCCAGAUCCCCCGGCAGGUCGGCCAAGCGUGCGAACAUUGAACAGUACGGCAACCAUAGCCUGGUCGAGUCCCCCCUAUGAUGGCGGCUGCAUGGUCACUGGCUACAGAGUGGAAAUGAAGAAGUUACCUCAAACAUCGUGGACAGUUGUUACUGACAGAUGCCACUCACUGUCUCACACAGUGCAUGACCUGGUUCCUGGCAUAGAUUACGUGUUCAGGGUGAGAGCUGAGAAUGUGCAUGGAGCCAGCGAAGCCAGUGUCGAGACUCCCAUCAUUUCCAUUGGAUCGAAGGCGUCUUCAGGCUCGGAUGAGGAGGAAGUGGCGGUGGAACCGCGGACCUGGGAGCGUGUCCAAGUGGAGCCGGGUCACGUGUUCAGCAGCCGCUAUGAAAUCAUGGAGGAACUGGGAAAGGGCCGCUACGGCGUCGUGCACAAAGUCCUCGACAAACUGUCCAACAACAAAAUGGCCGCCAAGUUUGUGCGCUGCAUCAAGAAGCAGGACAAGCAGAAGGUGCUGGAGGAGAUCGACAUCAUGAACUGCCUCAGGCAUCCCAAGCUGCUGCAGCUCGUCUCUGCCUACGACAACACCAGGGAGAUUGUCAUGGUUACUGAGUAUAUAACAGGUGGUGAAUUGUUUGAAAGAGUUGUGGCUGAUGACUUCACAUUGACUGAGAGAGACUGCAUGCUUUUCAUGAGGCAAAUUUGUGAGGGUGUUGACUACAUGCAUCAAAACAGUGUCGUACAUUUAGAUCUCAAGCCAGAGAACAUAAUGUGCUACACACGAACAUCGCAUCAGAUCAAGAUCAUUGACUUUGGUCUGGCGCAGAAGUUGAGCCCCAACAUCACUUUGAGGGUGUUGUUCGGCACUCCCGAGUUUAUUCCGCCCGAGAUCAUCAACUAUGAGCCGAUCGGCGUCGAGUCGGACAUGUGGUCUAUCGGCGUCAUCUGCUACGUUUUAUUGUCGGGACUGUCGCCGUUUAUGGGUGACAACGACGCUGAGACAUUCGCCAACAUCACCAGAGCUGAUUAUGACUUCGAUGACGAGGCUUUCGACGCCAUAUCACCCGACGUCAAACAUCUAAUCAGCAACCUUUUAGUUAAACGAAAGGAGAAACGAUUUAGCGCUCGACAAUGUUUAGAACAUAAAUGGAUGUCACAAUGUGAUAAAACUAUGAGCUGUGUAAAACUUAGUACCGAUAAGCUGAAAAAAUUCAUAAUCCGUAGAAAAUGGCAGAAAACGGGAAAUGCGAUUCGUGCACUGGGCCGCAUGGCGACCCUGUCAGCGGCCAGCCGGCGGAACUCGGCGACGUCCUCACAGUCGAGCAGUCCGCGCCAGUCGCUCGCCGGCGGCGGAGUGUCGCGCAUGUCCAGCCUCAACGAGGAGGAGCAGCACAACCACGUCACCACCAGCCAGCAGAUCCACCAAAUCAGCGCGGAGUGCAACGGCAGCAACAGUCGCGUGCGAGUCUGCAGCGAACGGAGCGACAGCGGCAUCAGCGAUUGCUCUUCAAUUAACGCGCCCACUACCCAACCACACCAACUGACCGACAAAGUUUUCUCCAUAUUGGAAGAGAACGAACUCUGUGACACUAUUGCCAACACUCAAAUUAAACAUACUAGGUUUCUUAAUGAUGCCGAAACUAGGACGAAUUCCGAGAAAUCAUUCCCUGAAGAACCUUGUGAUAGUGGUGCCACUGUAAAAUCGAAACAGACCAGGUUCCAAAAUGAUGACAAAACGACAACAUAUUCGGAUAAAUCAUUCCCUAAAAUCCCAGGAGAGUUCUCUAGUGAUAUUGUUAAAUCAAGGCAAACGAGGUUUCAAAAUGAUGAGACAGCAAGGACAAAUUCUAUUAAAUCGACCCCUGAAAUCUUAGAUGAUGAAAAGAUGUCUUGUGAUUCUGUUAAAACAAAGCAAUCUAGGUUCCAUAAUGAUGACAAAACAAAGACAAAUCCUGAUAAUUUAUCCCCUAAAAUCUCAAAAGAAAACAGAUUAUACUGUGACACUGUUGAAUCAAAGCAAAGUAGGUUAUUAAAUGAUAACAAAACAAGUAGUACAAAUUCAGAUAAAUCACCCUCUAAAUUUGCUGAGAAAACUAGUGAUAGUGUAACUUUUAGAUCAAAACAAACGAGGACAGACUCCGAAAAAUCAUCCCCUAAAAUAUUAGAAGGAAACAAAUUAUCUAGUGAUAGUGGUACCGUUGUUAGAUCAAAGCAAAGUAGGUUCCUUAAUGAUGACAAAACGAUGGUACAUCCUGAUAAAAAAUCACCACCUAAAGCUCGAUUCGAAACUAGUCCAAAACAACAUCAUUUCAAAGAAGCUACAAAGACUAGGUUCGCUGACAAUUUGAAACCAAGCAUAGAUGACACAAGUUUCAAAGGGACGUUGGGACGUAAGGCAGGGGAUGUUGAAAAUAAUAAGAGAAACGUGAGUAGAGUAGGUGGUAUUGUUAGUACAAAUAAAAGACUGGACGAUAGGGAAAGUGUGAAGAGUAGUAGUAGAUCUCCAAGCGCUGGCAAGAAUAGUGUAAGUAGUACAAAUGAUGACUUGCUUAGUAAUCGUGUGAGUUCGAGUCCGUUUUUGAAUAACAGCCUGAAUGAGAGUGGUCCGACACCGGAUGACAGUAAAUGUGUGCACGAUGUUUCAGGUGGAGGCAGUCCGCUUGAGGCGGGAGGCCUAAGAGUGGCGGACGCCGCGACUAGAAGGUCGGUCAGUCCCGCCCUUCAGGCGGAUGCCAAAGUCCUCGAGAAGAAUGACAACUUCCAGAAGGCUUUUGCUUUCUGGAAGCGGUGACAACGACAACCUCACAGCCCUAUCCUCAGCCAAAGCAAUUAUUUAUAAUAGUUUAUAGCAACCUUCCUCCUCUUGAAACCUUUUUAUUAAUACACGUUGUAACUUAUUCCACGCUUUCAUCCAACAUUAGUGACAUCAUUAUCAUUCAUUUACAAUAUCCAAACCCAAUUGUUAUUAUCAUGAUUGUUGUUGUUAAUUAAUAACAUAAUUUUAUUUUUGUUAGAUAAAUAUUUUAGCGUGAAAACAUUGUGUGUAUACACAUAACUAUUUGAAAUUCUUGUUUUUAGAGCACAUUCUGAUGGGUGCACACAUACCAUGUUAUUUAAAAAUUCACUGUUGACUAUGAAUAAUUAUUAUUUUAUGAAUGUUAAUUGUUAUUCAAACGACAUAUAAAUUAUAAAUAUAUGAUGAAGAAAGAAACUUUCUAAACU